AGAAACGAAGAUGACCUCCCCCGCCCCCCUCUCGAGUAAUCAUAUCUCCCUGACCCCCUGUGUUUGAAGUGAAGAUUUCUUUUCGCUUUAGAAGGCCGCCGUCCCUGGUGCCCAUUUCCUCAAAUUUUUAUAAAAUUUUUCGUGUACUAGAAAUCGAGCUAGCGGUUGUGGUUAAUAACUUCAUCCAUUGUAGUUUCACCUUUCCCUCGUCGAUGAAGUCCAACUCGCUGGAGAAAAGCUGCCCAACCCGCCAAAACGAAUGAAACAUGCCUCGCCUUCGUCUGCUUCUACACUUCCAGCACCCCAACCGCAACCGUGAUGAGGAAAACAACUUUGGAGCUCCUUGGCUGUCUCGGGCGACCGCGCGGUGCAAGUUUUAGCAUGCUCUACGUCGAUCAUGCCCGUCCGAGCUAAAAGUACUGAGUGCUGAAUCAGCAGUCGUGUACAACUUCUUGUAGCGAAAGGUGAGCCCCCAACCAUUUUGUGUUUCAGCAAAAAGUGAAAUCCGCUCUCGUCCUCUCGCCUGGGCCGCGGCCUUGGGUUUCCUCAUCUGCUACCGACCCACAACUGUAGAUCCUCCAAGGUAAAAAAACAAACAACAUGUCCGCCGCAGUGGUGAAAAAGCGGACGUACGAACAGGAGUGCGAAUUCCUGGAUCGGAAAUCCAACACGCGAUAUGAAAUCAAAAAGGGUUUCGCGCCGAACAUGAACGUGCCCGGAGUGCUCUACGUUAACAAGUCUUUGGAAAAAUUAAUUUUCACCGAACUUUCCAACUACAGCAGACAAAGGGACCACGGAACGCAGGGAGGGUACUUUUUGCUACAACGACUUUUUGAUCAACAUCUCUAUCUCUUGAUACAUGAUGAUGCUCACGCAUGAUGAUGAAGAUGAAGCGUAUUCCUUUUGCAAUGUAGUCGAUUACAAAGAUUGUCUAUUGUCUGCACGAGUUUCAAACUCGGCCAUCAAAUACAGAUUCCUCCCCGCCGUGAAGCAGAUCGGCAACGUAGCCUCCCUUCCGGGCAUAGUCCGCCACUCCAUCGGUCUCCCCGAUGUCCAUGCGGGCUACGGUUUCGCGAUUGGCAACGUGGCCGCGUUUGAUAUGGGAAACGAGGAUGCGGUAGUCUCUCCCGGGGGCGUUGGGUUCGAUAUCAACUGCGGAGUCCGGCUAGUACGGACGAACCUUUUAGAAUCCGACAUCAAACCGGUGAAGGAGUCCCUCACCCAGGCGCUUUUCGAUCACAUCCCGGUCGGUGUCGGGUCUCUGGGGAUAAUACCGAUUAAAGAGAAAGACUUGGAAGACGCACUACAGCUAGGGAUCGACUGGUCGUUGCGAGAGGGAUACGCGUGGCCCGAGGAUAAGGAGCAUUGUGAAGAGUACGGGCGCAUGCUAAACGCCGAUCCGUCGAAAGUGUCCGCGAGGGCGAAGAAAAGGGGACUGCCACAGCUGGGGACACUGGGCGCCGGAAAUCACUAUGCGGAGAUACAGGUAUAGGAAGUUGUCAUUGUGCUUAUGAUUUUGUUUUGGCAUGAGAAAUGCUACUUUUCUUGCGGUGCUUCGCAUGACAAACUCAUCUCCAAGAACACCUCCGCAUCAGGUCGUGGAGGAAAUAUUCGACGAGUUUGCCGCGAAAAAAAUGGGCAUCAACACCGUCGGGCAAGUGUGCAUCAUGAUUCACUCCGGGUCCCGCGGUUUGGGCCACCAGGUUGCGACAGACGCGCUGGUCGAGAUGGAGAGGGCGAUGGAUCGGGACAACAUAUGGAUUGCAAACAUGAUGUCUGGGUCUGGAAGAGUGGAACUUGUAAUGCUGUCUGCGGAUUCUAAAAAUAUCUGUGUUGCAUGAGCAGCAAGAGGCGGACGCGGAGGCAGCUCUUGAUACGCGGAGACGAGGGCAUUUCUCAUGCGUAAUUAGCAUCAAGAUCAAGAAGCUCUCAAAAAAUCUGUGAUGCUACUAGCACCAGCAUCACAGACCUCAGCCUCACGGGUCAAGCAAAAUGUGCAUGACAAGCCCCGACCCUUCCAGGCCCAGACAUAUUUGCAUUUGAUACAACAUCAAAACCAACGACCGCCAGCUAGCGUGCGCCAGGAUAAACUCCAACGAGGGGCAGAAUUAUCUAAACGCGAUGGCAGCCGCGGCGAAUUACGCGUGGGUGAACCGCUCCAGUAUGACAUUCCUGGCAAGACAGGCGUUCGCGAUAUGUAUUGCAAAAGUAUCGUACUAGUAUAAAUCGCAUUACAAAUUUAUUUCGCAAGGAGAAAUGGAGUUUGUAAUGCGGGAUAAGGUAGAGACUUAGUUUUGUCAUGCAUGGCUGCAAUUGUUCAUGCGAGUGCGACACUUUUGCACAGGAUACGCGAAGACGUUCGGGAAAUCACCGGAGGAACUCGAUAUGCACGUCAUUUACGACGUCAGCCACAACAUCGCGAAAAUAGAGGAACACUUUGUGGAGAACGAGCUGAAAACACUACUCGUCCACAGAAAAGGCUCUACCCGUGCGUUCCCGCCGCACCACCCGCUCAUCCCAGUGGAUUACCAGCUAAUCGGGCAACCGGUGCUAAUCGGGGGCACGAUGGGCACGAAUAGCUACGUAUGCAUUGCAAAAGUACCGCACUAGUAGUAAAUUGCAUCACAAAUUAGCUCAGCAUGACAAUAAAUGAAAUCUGUCAUGCUGUUUUACCUUGGGAUGGAGAUUUGUCAUGGUGCAUGACUACGAUUACUACGAGUGCGAUCCUUUUGCAAUUCAUACUACGUUUUGGUCGGGACGGAACACGGGAUGAAAAACACCUUUGGGUCGACCUGCCACGGCGCGGGCCGGGCGCUGUCCCGGAACGUUUCCAGGAACAAACUCGAUUACGGGGACGUGUUGAAAAGGCUGGAAAGCCAAAAUAUUUCCGUCCGGGUCGCAUCACCGAAGUUAAUCAUGGAGGAAGCACCGGAAAGUUACAAGGACGUCACCGAAGUGGUAAACACCUGCCACGAAGCCGGGUUGAGUAAAAAAGUGAUCAAGUUGAGGCCAGUCGCGGUGGUUAAGGGGUGAGAUGCGAAAAGUUAGUGUCGAACGCACUGUUGCUGUACACAGAAAGACCACGUCGACAGCAUCCUGCGACCUUCUGUUUUUCCAAAUGUACCAAUAGGUCGAGAGGAAUUGACUCUAUAUGGUGUUGAUGAAGCUGGUCAGGUCCACCACUUCCUGAAACUAACCUCAAAGAAACAAAAACGAACGAGAACGACCUAUAAUGACGAAAGCGAAAGACAAUGACGAAAUGCGUCAGUGCAGUGGGUAGGGAAGAAUCCCCUGCUGAUCAGAACUAAAUUCCAAGAAAAAAAGAAAAACAGACGAAAAUAAGAAAGAUCCAAGUCCAACACGGAUUGACGGCCGCAAAGGUUUUGAUUC